UGAUGUACCGUAACCAUCUACAACCACCCACAGGGCAUUACAAUCACUUGACCAAAAGCCAGUUCCCUAAAGUCAUCGCCGAAAGCUCCACCGCCUUUGCUCCGAUCGGACCGACCUUUUUCCGACCUCAUCCAGCCGUCGAGAUUUAUUCGGAGAGACGGAGAACGACCGGAACGGAGGAAUUCGUAGGAGAGAGAAGUAGAAAGACAGAAUGUCGCUAACGAGUGUGAAAAUGGCGGAGGAUGUGUGGUUAACGUGUCUCACUCAUGCAUUGUCCACCGAGACUGAAGAAAUCAUGGGGCUUCUUCUCGGUGAUAUUCAGCACUCCAAGAAUGGGAGUGUGACUGCCCUGAUUUGGGGAGCGUUGCCACAACCAAGGUCUGAUAGGCAGAAGGACCGCGUUGAGACAAAUCCCGAACAGUUGACAGCUGCAUCAGUUCAGGCUGAGAAAAUGACGGUGGAAAUUGGAAGAACCACACGAGUGAUUGGCUGGUAUCAUUCACAUCCGCAUAUCACAGUACUUCCUUCUCAUGUUGAUGUACGGACUCAGGCUAUGUAUCAACUCCUAGACUCUGGGUUUAUAGGGCUGAUUUUUUCAUGUUUCAAUGAAGAUCAAUACAAGGUUGGAAGAAUUCAAGUUACUGCAUUCCAGUCCUUGGAUGGAAAGCAGAAUCAUGUGUUAAGACCUGUUCCUAUAUCUCCUAUACAUAAAAGUUCCAUUAUAGAUCUAGAGUCUUCAGUAAGUUCCACUGAGCAUUCACUCACAAAUUCUGGCUCAACACGGGUAGAAUGUCUAGAGCUUGACACUGGUGAUUCAAAAGCUGCUGCAGGAGCUUCAAAGGGCGGAGGAAAAUCAUCUGCCUUGAAAGGUUUCUUUGCAAAUGCUGAUACCAACUAUACCGGAAGAGUAGGAGGGAACUACCCUACUGGUAACAUGGACAGUGCAGUAGUUGAUAUUGACCCCAUGGAUAUGUCUGACAGUAUGCAAGAGGCAAUGCACCGUUCAAAUAUGGAAAUGAGCGGUGCAGAAUACAUCAGGAAAGAAGUCCCUCUUCAUGUUAUGCCGACUUUAUCUCUUCUCAAUCUCGAAUCACCUUUGACAUCAUUCUCUGAUCUACAAUCCGUGUUGUAUGAGGAGGAGCGGACGGCAUACCAUCAAGCAAUCAUACAAAAUAUGAGAGACGGGAAAGUCCAUCCGCUUUCUUUCAUUCAUCAUACUUCAACCUAUCAAGCUUCUAUCUGCAAAUUAAUGGAAUAUUGCUUAAGUCCAGCCAUAAAUUCUCUUCAGGACCGUAUAUCAGAAAAUGAGAUUCGGCUGCGUAUACUUGCAAGUGAAGCGAAAAUCCUCGAAAAAGAAAGCACAAAAGGGACGGGGAUCGAUUCAAGUUCUUCUCCUCGAAGUGUUGCACAAAGAGGAGGUGGGAAGGAUGUAUACAGUCCUUUUGAGAGAUCGGUUUCCGGUUCUAGUAGUCGUAGCAGAAGGGGUUCUUAGUUGUUUUUUUCAAUAUGCAUCGGCUUUUGGUGUUGGAAUUGUAUGAUAUCGGAAUCAUCCUCGUGUUUGAUUAGGUCGUAGUGAUUGGAUUGUAAAUGGCGAUCGAUCGAGUUUACGCAUGUAUAUUUUUUUUGAUCAAGGGUUAGGGCAAAAACAUCUUGUUUUCAAAUGUGAAUCAAUAGGGGCUGCCAUUGCUUGCUACUGUUAAAGUCCUUCCCAUUUCUA